AUGGACGGAAGCAUCGGUGGUAUUGAAUUCAAGAAUAUCAAUUUCGUCAACACCGGCUUGGGAACAGCACUGAGUAUCGGGGGUACCAGAAUUGGUCUCUACAAUUGCCAGUUCAUCUCACCUAGUGGGAUUGGAAUUGCCACCAAUCCGGGCGUUGCUGUGAUAGCGAAUAGCCUGAUAAAAGCAUCAGAUACAGCCAUUGAUGGAACUGCAACUCUAUACAUCUUUAACACAGCAAUCAUUCUACUCAAAAACGGAGGCCGAGUUGCAGAAACCAAAGGCAGUAUAUCAAGCGGAACUCUUUUCAACUCCACGACAGUUCUAGACCGAUGUACUGUAUCUGGAAAGUCUGGUGGUUCCGAUAGUCAAAUAUACCUUGCCGCUGCAAAGGGCCCUGGUUCGGUCGUUGUGUUUCGUGGCUCUGGCCUCGACAGCUCAAUCGCGGAGUCUGGGGUACACAUUGACGACAUAACUCAGGACGAUAAAAAUCUAUAUGCGGAGUAUGACGAUACUGGUACUGGUAGCUAUGAGAAUAAUAUAGACAAACGUUCCGGUUACGUGAGUCUACUAUCAUCCGCUGACCUUGCUCCCUUCACAAUUUCUGCGGUACUCGCCAAUGCGGAUCCAGAGGUGGCAAUCUCGGACACUUCUUGGGUUGACUCUGCCGUUAUAUCUGCCAUAGAAAGCGCGGACGUGAUAGCUCCUUCGACUUCAUCUUCCACCAAUCCAGCUGGCGGGAGCUCAUCAGAUGCAAAUGGCGACGGUGCUAGCGGAAAUGGAAGCUCAACCGGUGGAAAUGACAGUGGAACAGAUAAUGAUUCUGGAUCCUCUGGGGAUAGUUCUGGAGACGGUUCUGGUUCAGAAGACGGCACUGGCUCAGGAGACGGUUCUGGUGACGGUACUGGAUCUGGUGAUGGCGCUGGUGAUGGUACUGGCACUGGCUCCGGCACUGGCUCUGGUUCAGGAGACGGCGCUGGCUCUGGUGAUGGCGCCGGCUCUGGUGAUGGCGCUGGUGAUGGUACUGGCACUGGCACUGGAGACGGUACGGGCUCUGGUGAUGGCGCUGGUGACGGCACUGGCUCUGGAGACGGUUCUGGCACUGGCACUAGCACUGGCUCUGGCACUGACUCCGGAGAUGGUACUGGCACUGGAGGCGGCACUGGCACUGGAGACGGUACCGGCUCUGGCUCUGGCUCUGGCUCUGGCUCUGGCUCAGGAGACGGCACUGGCUCUGGAGAUGGCACUGGCAAUGGCUCCGGCUCUGGCUCAGGAGACGGCGCUGGUUCAGGAGAUGGUACUGGCUCUGGCACUGGCUCUGGAGAUGACUCUGGCACUGGCUCUGGUUCAGGAGACGCCGCCGGCUCUGGUGGUGGCUCCGGAGAUGGCUCUGGUGACGGCUCUGGCUCAGGAGACGGCUCUGGCACUGGAGAUGGAUCUGGCACUGGCACUGGCACUAGCACUGGCUCUGGCUCCAGCGAUGGCUCCGGUGAUGGCGCUGGCUCCGGCACUGGCUCCGGCACUGGUGAUGGCGCUGGUGAUGGUACUGGCACUGGCUCCGGAGAUGGCGCUGGUUCAGGAGACGGCACUGGCGCUGGUGAUGGUACUGGCUCUGGUUCAGGAGACGGCACUGGCACUGGCUCUGGUGACGGUACUGGCGCUGGUGAUGGUACUGGCUCUGGUGAUGGCUCCGGCUCCGGAGAUGGCACUGGCUCCGACGCUGGCUCUGGUGAUGGCGCCGGUGAUGGUACUGGCUCUGGUGAUGGUGAUGGCACUGGCGCUGGUACUGGCACUGGCGCUGGUUCAGGAGACGGCACUGGCGCUGGUGAUGGCGCCGGCUCUGGUGAUGGCGCUGGCACUGGAGACGGUACCGGCUCUGGUUCAGGAGACGGCACUGGCACUGGCACUGGCACUGGUGACGGUGAUGGUACUGGCUCCGGGUCCGGAGUUAGCUCUGGUUCAGGAGAUGGCACUGGCACUGGCACUGGCACUGGUGACGGUACUGGCUCUGGAGAUGGUACUGGCACUGGCACUGGCGCUGGUGAUGGUACUGGCUCUGGUGAUGGUGAUGGCACUGGCACUGGUACUGGCGCUGGCUCUGGUGACGGUACUGGCUCUGGUUCAGGAGACGGCACUGGCACUGGCUCUGGUGACGGUACUGGCGCUGGUGAUGGUACUGGCUCUGGUGAUGGCUCUGGCUCCGGAGAUGGCGCUGGUUCAGGAGACGGCACUGGCGCUGGUGAUGGUACUGGCUCUGGUUCAGGAGACGGCACUGGCACUGGCUCUGGUGACGGUACUGGCGCUGGUGAUGGUGACGGUACUGGCUCUGGUACUGGCGCUGGUGAUGGCACUGGCGCUGGUGACGGCUCUGGCUCAGGAGACGGCUCUGGCACUGGAGAUGGAUCUGGCACUGGCACUGGCACUGGCGCUGGUGAUGGUACUGGCUCUGGUGACGGUGACGGUACUGGCUCUGGUACUGGCGCUGGUGAUGGCACUGGCGCUGGUGACGGCUCUGGCUCAGGAGACGGCUCUGGCACUGGAGAUGGAUCUGGCACUGGCACUGGCACUAGCACUGGCUCUGGUGAUAGCGCUGGCACUGGAGGCGGCACUGGCUCUGGCUCCAGCGAUGGCUCCGGUGAUGGCGCUGGCUCCGGCACUGGCUCUGGUUCAGGAGACGGCGCUGGCUCUGGUGAUGGCGCCGGCUCUGGUGAUGGCGCUGGCACUGGAGACGGUACCGGCUCUGGUUCAGGAGACGGCACUGGCACUGGCACUGGUGACGGUACUGGCUCUGGUGAUAGCGCUGGCUCUGGAGAUGGCACUGGCUCUGGUGAUAGCGCUGGCUCUGGAGAUGGCACUGGCUCUGGAGAUGGCACUGGCUCCGGGUCCGGAGUUAGCUCUGGUUCAGGAGAUGGCACUGGCACUGGCACUGGCGCUGGUGACGGUACUGGUGACGGCUCUGGUACUGGCACUGGCUCUGGCUCUGGUACUGGUGACGGCUCUGGUUCAGGAGACGGCACUGGCACUGGCUCUGGUGAUAGCGCUGGCUCUGGAGAUGGCACUGGCUCUGGCUCUGGUACUGGUGACGGCUCUGGUUCAGGAGAUGGUACUGGCACUGGCACUGGCACUAGCACUGGCACUGGAGGCGGCACUGGCUCUGGCUCCAGCGAUGGCUCCGGUGAUGGCGCUGGCUCCGGCACUGGCUCUGGUUCAGGAGACGGCGCUGGCUCUGGUGAUGGCACUGGCACUGGCACUGGCUCUGGUGAUAGCGCUGGCUCUGGAGAUGGCACUGGCUCUGGUGAUAGCGCUGGCUCUGGAGAUGGCACUGGCUCCGGAGAUGGCACUGGCUCUGGCUCUGGCUCCGGAGAUGGCACUGGCUCCGACGCUGGCUCUGGUGAUGGCGCCGGUGAUGGUACUGGCUCUGGCACUGGUUCAGGAGACGGCACUGGCGCUGGCACUGGCACUGGCACUGGCUCUGGUGAUAGCGCUGGCUCUGGAGAUGGCACUGGCUCUGGAGAUGGCACUGGCUCCGGAGAUGGCACUGGCUCCGACGCUGGCUCUGGUGAUGGCGCCGGUGAUGGUACUGGCUCUGGUGAUGGUGAUGGCACUGGCACUGGUACUGGCACUGGCUCUGGCUCUGGCUCCGGAGAUGGCACUGGCUCCGACGCUGGCUCUGGUGAUGGCGCCGGUGAUGGUACUGGCUCUGGCACUGGUUCAGGAGACGGCACUGGCGCUGGCACUGGCACUGGCAUUGGCUCUGGUGAUAGCGCUGGCUCUGGAGAUGGCACUGGCUCUGGUGAUAGCGCUGGCUCUGGAGAUGGCACUGGCUCUGGAGAUGGCACUGGCUCCGGAGAUGGCACUGGCUCCGACGCUGGCUCUGGUGAUGGCUCCGGAGAUGGCGCUGGCUCUGGCACUGGCACUGGUACUGGCACUGGCUCUGGCUCUGGCUCCGGAGAUGGCACUGGCUCCGACGCUGGCUCUGGUGAUGGCGCCGGUGAUGGUACUGGCUCUGGCACUGGCUCUGGUACUGGUGACGGCACUGGCUCUGAUACUGGUGAUGGCACUGGCACUGGCUCUGGCUCUGGCUCCGGAGUUAGCUCUGGCUCAGGAGACGGCACUGGCGCUGGAGACGGCACUGGCUCUGGAGAUGGCACUGGCGCUGGCUCUGGCUCUGGCUCUGGUACUGGCACUGGCACUGGCUCUGGAGAUGGCACUGGCGCUGGCUCUGGCUCUGGUACUGGCACUGGCACUGGUGAUGGAGAUGGCACUGGCGCUGGCUCUGGCUCUGGUACUGGCACUGGCACUGGUGAUGGUGACGGCACUGGCGCUGGCUCUGGUGAUGGCACUGGCACUGGCACUGGCGCUGGAGACGGCACUGGCGCUGGCUCUGGCUCUGGUACUGGCACUGGCACUGGUGAUGGUGACGGCACUGACGCUGGCUCUGGUGAUGGCACUGGCACUGGCGCUGGCUCCGGAGAUGGUGACGGUACUGGCUCUGGCUCCGGAGUUAGCUCUGGCUCAGGAGACGGCACUGGCUCUGGAUCUGGCACUGGCGCUGGUGACGGUACUGGCUCAGGAGAUGGCACUGGCUCUGGAGAUGGCACUGGCUCUGGAGAUGGCACUGGCUCCGGCGCUGGCUCCGGAGAUGGUGACGGCACUGGCGCUGGCUCUGGUGAUGGUUCUGGUGACGGCACCGGCUCUGGUUCAGGAGACGGCACUGGCACUGGUGGCGGUACUGGCUCUGGAGAUGGUACUGGUGCUGAUGAUGGUACUGGCGCUGGUGAUGGUACUGGCACUGGUUCAGGAGACGGCACUGGCGCUGGCUCUGGCACUGGCUCUGGAGACGGUACUGCCGCUGGCUCUGGUGAUGGCUCUGGAGACGGCACUGGCACUGGCACUGGUGACGGUAAUGGCUCUGGAGAUGGUGACGGUAAUGGCUCUGGAGAUGGUACUGGUGCUGGUGAUGGUGACGGUACUGGCUCUGGCUCCGGAGUUAGCUCUGGCUCAGGAGACGGCACUGGCGCUGGUGACGGUACUGGCACUGGAGAUGGCACUGGCUCCUCUGGUUCUGGAGAUGGAAGCUCUUCCGGAUCUGGAGACGGUGAUGGAAGCACCUCUGGUGAUGGAGACGGAAAUGGAUCCUUUGGUGAUGGAAGUUCAUCUGGCGCAGGAGAUGGAAGUUCAUCUGGCACAGGAGAUGGAUCGGACAGUAGCUCAGGCAAUGGCUCUGGAGACGGCAAUGGAUCCUCUGGUGACGGAAGUCCAUCUGGCUCUGGAACCGGUUCAUCCGAAGAUGGCAGUGGGAGUGCAGAUUCCUCAUCUGGUGGUGGUACUGCUGGUGGUGAGGAUGGAGGAAGUGGAAAAGGAAGUGGAGAUGAUAGCGGCAGCGGCAGCGGUGGCUCCGUGACGGGCAACCCCCAACCGUCAACAACUCUCGUCGUCUCAAUCUCCCCCUCCCCCGGUCAGUUUAACAAUGUCACUGCCGCUCUUUCUGCCCUACCGGACAAAGGUGAUUGUACAAUCCUCAUUCAAGCAGGUGAUUAUGAGGAGCAAAUCUCUAUCAACCGAUCCGGGCAGACUAUCCUUCGGGGAGAAACCGACUUUCCCAACGAUUACACGCAGAACAAAGUCACCAUUAAAGUCUCAAGCACCUCAUCUAGUCCGGACAUAGAUGGAGAUUCGGCUGUCAUCAAAGUCAAUACAUCCGGCGCAACGGACUCUGUGGCUUUGUACAACAUCGACUUUUUCAACACCGCCUCUCCCUUGGCCGUGAGAGAUGCAUUGGCCGCUGAUUUUGAUGGACGGGUGGCUGCUUACGGAUGUUCAUUCAUCAGUAAUCAACAUACUCUUCUUGCCAAUCAAGGCACCCAAGUAUUAUCGAAUUGUUACAUCGAAGGAUCCACCGACUUCAUAUGGGGAUUCUCAACCGCCUUUCUUCACCAAUCAUCCAUCGCUACAAACGCACCGGGUGGAUCGAUUGCGGCACAUGGGAGAGAAUCUGACAGUUCAACGGGAGGGUUUGUCAUGGAUAACUGCAGGGUAAUCGAGACGAACUCAUCCGGCGAUAAUGAUCGAUCCUACGCCAACAAGAAUAACGUUGGCACGACCUACCUCGGAAGACCCUAUUCAGAGUACAGUCGUGUGGUCUACAUGAAUUCAUUCUUGGAAAAGCACAUCAAUCCCGCUGGAUGGACAAUUUGGUCACAAAGCGGCCACCGGACCGGUCAUGUCCUUUUCGGCGAGUACGGUAACUCUGGUCCGGGCAGUUCAGGCCACCGCGCACCGUACGUGACCAAAUUGAACAAGAACGAGGCUGAGAGAUACAGCUUGUCAAAUUGGAUCGGCGAUACAUCAUGGCUUGACAGGAAAACCUAUAUGUACGCUCCUUCGUAUGCACUGCCUGGUUUGGCAGCCUCCAGUACAAGCCCGGGUUCCUCGGAGAACGCUGUUCAUGAUGGAACCAAGCCACCCCCUGGUGCAUAUGUGGUCUCUCAAUCAAAGGUGCCUGGUACAAAGAGUUUCAGCAGCAUUCAAGAAGCAUUGGACAGGUUGCCCGCUUCGGCUAUUGGGCCAUACACGAUUUUCAUCUUCCCGGGGACAUACGAGGAGAAGAUUACGGUCAGACAAGCUGGUACCGUCAUACUGAUGGGAUAUUCAGAAUCACCAAGACAGUAUUCCGAUAAUCAAGUGACAAUACUCCAUGUGGAUGAACAAGACACGGCUCCCGGCGACAUUAGUAGCCACACCGCCACUGCUUCCUUCACGGAGGGGAUCGUGCGAGCGAUCAAUAUCAACUUUUCCAGCACAAACGGAAAAUUCGAGAAGAAAGCGUCCCUCGCUUUGGCAGUUGAACCUUCUAGCCAUGUCAGUCUGUAUGGCUGCCAGGUUAUUGGCAACCAGAAUACGCUCCUGGUCAAUGGAUUAUUCUUCGCUUCGAAUAGUUUGAUUCAAGGCAAUGUAGACAUGAUAUGGGGUGGAGGAUCAGGAUAUUUCCUGAACUCUCAUAUUACACCAAAUCAAGGUGAUUUGAGUCUUACUGCUGACCGGCGAGGUACUCGGACUAAACGUGGGGGUUUUGUCUUCGACCAAUGCACCAUUACGCCGGCGGACCAUUCGGGAUCUAUAUCGGGCAUAUCCCUCGGAAGACCUGAGAAUUCAUAUGCGCGUGUAGCGUAUGUAUUUUCUUAUCUGAGCUCGAUUGUUGAGGAAACCGGGUGGGAAGAGGGCUCAAGUGCCAUUCCUCGAACGACUCAUGUGCUUUUUGGCGAGUACAAGAAUAGUGGACCGGGGUCGGACACAUCUCAGCGUGUCAACUUCGCGACUCAAUUGGACGAUACUACCGCUGCUCAGUUUGAAAUAGCAAAUUUUUUCUCAGAAACCUCUUGGGUUGACUUCGAUUACUUUUCUGGCACUCCUUUCGUUGCCGGUCAGUCUGGUGAAACACCGUCGCCUUCGUCCUCGACCACUGACUCCGAUCCUGAGAAUCCGGCAACAAAGACCACCACUAGCACGUCUGUUACAACCGAUUCAGAGACCUCUACAAUUACAGUCACUGCAGCCGACGGGACCUCUACAACUACAUCAAUAAAAACCCCUCCCGUGACAGGCGCUUCUUCUUCCCAUGUUAUCACAACAAUCCCCACCAUCUCAACGACCAUCCUCAUCACUGUUCCGAUUUACAUCUCGACCAAGACGUUGACGAUAACAAUCGACGUUGAACCCACGAUAACCGCUGCCUCCGCCAUCCCUGCAACGUCAGCUGAUAAGCCCGCUGUGGAGACUGUGCGUGCGAAGGAUAUCAACAAGACAGUUGAAUCAACACUCUUAGUAACUCACACCAAGACCGAGUCGCCCUCCACCAUGACAGAAAUAACCACUGUGACCGAUGCUCACACAAUUCGACCUUCCCCCUUAACAACAACUCGGACUAUCACAAUGAAUGUCAAUCCUGGGCGAACAAGCACGCUAGAAGGGAAACCUUUGGUUGUUACCUCGACCAACACACUAUCGGCAACUUCCACGAUUAGAUUUACCACAGAAUUGAGUUGUAUUGGAUCGAAAAAGGCAAAACGCGCUGGUCCUACGCCCCUCGCAGCUCCCGCAAUCACUACAACGGCCAUUGAGCUGUCUACAGUCACAUCCUUCGUGACAACAACUACUGUUACAGUUCCAGGUUCCACUUCAUAUUUAACUGAUGUGAUGACCAAAGCACAACCAGGCCAUGGAUCAGCUGCAUCAGCCGCGAUUGCAAUGGCAACCACAACUGUCACAAAGACCUUCACUAAGACUAUAUCUUCCGGAGUUUCAUUCAUUACGAUCACCAGGACGAUGUCCACCUCAAAGACCAAAAUUGGCACCGUGAAAACAGAAACCUCCACGACUACAAUGGCUGGAUCCACUAAAACCAUAACCAAUGUUGAGACUGUUACUUUGAAUACCACGACGAAACCCUCUCCUUCAACGACUACGAUCACGAAGACGUUGAAAGGGAAGUCAACCAUUACUCUUCCAAGACUCACGUCAACAACCAUUGAAACCAGUACGCACUACAAGGCAGCUCUCGUGACGGUGACCGCUCGUCCCACAUCUACCAAAACUGAAACGCUUAAGACUACAACCACCACCGUCGAAACUGUGACGAAAACACUCAAGGGGGCUUCUACCUGUGACUCUUCUUGA